UUUGACAUCAGCUGUUCUGCCUCCAGAGCUGUAGCAUCCAGCUGGAAGACGGAGAAAGGCGCACAGUCCGAGCUACGAUGCUGCUUCUAGCCGUUGUCGCUGGCCUCGGUGCGGUGACGGUACUGGUGCUUUUAUUUUCAACACAAAUACGGAAAUAUGCAGCAGGAGGCGUGUGCAUGUCCACAGCUCUGCUGGAAGGGAAGACAGUCCUCAUCACUGGAGCCAACACAGGGAUCGGGAAGGAGACCGCCCUGGACUUAGCGAUGCGAGGAGCUCGGGUAAUCAUGGCGUGUCGAGAUGUGGAAAAAGGAGAGGAAGCUGCGGCUAGCAUACGAGCUGCGUGCUCCCGAGCAGACGUGGAGGUCAGAGAGCUCGACCUGGCAGACACCUGCUCGAUACGAGCCUUCGCACAAAAGUUCCUGAGAGAGGUCAAUCAGCUUCAUAUCCUCAUUAAUAACGCCGGGGUGAUGAUGUGCCCCUACACAAAAACUGUAGACGGCUUUGAGAUGCACAUCGGAGUCAAUCAUUUAGGUCACUUCUUGUUGACGUCCCUCCUCAUCGGGCUGCUGAAGCGCAGUGCGCCGGCCCGGAUCGUUGUGGUCUCCUCUCUGGCACACAACUUCGGCUGGAUCCGAUUCCAUGACCUCCACAGCCAGGGGAGCUACAACAGCGGAUUAGCAUACUGCCAAAGCAAACUGGCUAACGUGCUCUUUGCCCGAGAAUUAGCACGCAGACUCAAAGGCACCAAUGUGACGGUGAACUCGGUCCAUCCUGGAACAGUAAACUCAGACCUGACCAGACAUUCAACCCUGAUGACGAUACUGUUCACCAUCUUCUCCAUGUUUCUAAAAACUCCUCGAGAAGGAGCACAGACGAGUAUCUACUGUGCAGUGGCAGAAGAGCUGCACUCAAUCUCUGGGAAACACUUCAGCGACUGCGCCCCCGCCUUCGUCGCCCCACAGGGGAGGAGUGAAGACACAGCGAGGAGACUGUGGGAGGUCAGCUGUGAGCAGCUGGGUAUCGAGUGGGACUGAUUCAACCUUGAACCUCCAUGUAUCUCCACGGAGUCCUUACUCGCUCUCAUUCAUUUCAGUUUGGGUUCAUGUUCUGUACUUUCUUACCUACAUAAGCAGUCAGGUGACUCUGUCAGAGCUACUAUAAUGUGAAGUUGCUUUUUUGUGUUUUAAUGCAGUAUUACAUCAUGAUAUUGGAGAAACUCUCAGCAGUAUUAUGGUGUAAACACAGAUGACUUUUUGACUCUAUUUUUGUGACACAAUGUGAAUCCAGUGUAGGCAAAAAAGCAACUCAGCGUGUGGUGAUGCUGUAGGAUACUGUGAAGGGUCGAGUCAGGGUAAAUGACCAGCAUCUUUAUCGAUUAUUCUUUGAUUUCUCCUCAAUUUGCAGCUUCAAUUUUGUGCCAGCGUUUCUAAACUAUUGCAGGGGUUCUUACAGCGUUUCCAGGUCGACAACAAAAUUAGUAAACUCUAAAAAUCAGCGUCUGUCUGAGCCAUAAUUAGUGCUUCAACUGCAUAAAUGUAUUUUGUGAUAAUGAUAGUAAAUGUAGACUAUAAGAUUUUCUAUUUAAUCAUAUCAGUAAGGAUCAACUCGCUGCAAUAUUUACAGAGAUUUUUUUCUCCAUCUGCAUUGCCAAACUCUGCCCGUUCCUGCAGGAACGUCAGUUUUACAUUCAAAGAUCUCCACUCUCAUGUUUCCCUCUCAGCAUUUACAUGAAGGUUGCCAAGAGUUUACAAUCCAUGUUUUAUACAAGUCAAACAUGCCUUUUACUACACGUACAUUCAUGUUAAGAGUUGAAUGUUUACAAUUGAUGUAAAUAAACUGAAAUAUUACU